AUGGAUGAGAAAACUUAUAACGGAAUUCAUAGACCCUUUCAAACACCAGGGAAUAGUAACUCCGUACGGCACAACGGGAAAGAUGAUAAUACUAUCUCAAUUUCGUCCGAUCUUGGCGAUUACAGUAUGGGAUGUCGUAUGCUUAUUGUGGACAUACCACAUAAAUCGACCUCCAAGGACCAAAUUCCAGGACCAGACUGUAUAUAUGGAGAGAAUGUUGAAACUUCUUGUCAGCAAGAUCAUAGAAAUGGAGGAGAACUUGCUUGCUCGCCCAACCACAGUAAACCUCACAUUUUCGGUUCGGAAAGGGAGGAUUCUGAGAUAUUUCUUCGGGGCAACAAUUCGUUGCGGGACAGCAGAAGUGAGACAGAUGAGAGAACAGAUAUACGAAAUGAACAAACUAGUAGCAAUGACAAGAGUGAAAAUGAUGCCAACAUUGUUUUCGAGUGUUCCAAUCACGAAGCAAUCAGACGACUGCAAUUAUCCGUGGGGAAAUUGUUCCGAGACAGUACCUUGGAAUGCUCUACAUGGGCAAAGAAAACCGCGGAAACGCCGUGCCAUCUUGUACUCCCAAACGAUGACUCUAAAAACAAUGAAGACAGUUCUUCCGUGUGCCCAGUGUCAAAUGGUGCAGAAUGCGAUAAAUCAUCGUGCAUUAAUUCACCCAUGUUAGUUGAAAGGUUAAGUGAAUCUGAUAGUCGUCGUGUGGCAACUUCUCUUUGCCUUCGUCUUCAAACCGAAGAUCCUGAAGAAAAUACUAUGAUGGAGCUUCAGUGUUACGUAAUGGAUGUCAAACAGUUUGGUUUUAAUCAUAUUAUUGUUAUCGGAAAACGUUAUUUGGGGAUGCUUUUUAUGGAUUGCUUUUGUCGUUUGUUUGAUUGGGAUUCAAAUGCUCAUGCGUUAUGGUAUCGCGGGGAUUAUUUCGAAAUUAUAUCAAAGAAGGAAUCUGAAAAAAACUAUGACGAUCGGACAGCAUGGGACGUUUUAAAGGAUGGAACUAUGUGCCAGGAGAAUUCGACAUUUCCUCAAUCGUGA